AGGCACUUCAUCUUUACAUCUCAUCUGACAGCACCACAAUCGCAGUAAUCUAGACGCAGGGAGAUUUCAGAGGUGAAUUCGAACGUUAUCUGAUUAAGGAAGGUAUCACUGAGGCAUCACCAUGUCAAACACCAGUGAGGAUCCCUUGUCAAGCAUGUUGCCUGAUUAUUCACAAUACUACGACAGCAAUAACGACACCGACUAUGUCUGUAAGUCACAUGAUAUGAGGACAUUUAGUAAGGGGUUUCUGGUGACUAUCUACAUUUUGGUGUUCAUCCUGGGCUUUUUGGGAAAUGGCCUAGUUGUGUGUGUCCUGGUAAAACAUCGCAACCAAACCAACAUGACCGACAUGUGUCUCUUCAACCUGGCCCUCUCUGACCUCCUCUUCCUCUUCACUCUCCCGUUCUAUACUCAUGACACUGUGGUUGAAGAGUGGACUUUUGGUGACUUCAUGUGCCGUUUCCUGUCAUGUUCCCACCACACCGGCUUCUUCAGCAGUAUUUUCUUCAUGGUUGUCAUGACGCUGGACCGCUAUUGGGUCAUCAUGUAUGCUCACAAGGUGGCACGGUAUCGCACAGUGAGAGGGUGUUUUACUCUGAUUGUGUUUGUUUGGAUCCUGAGCAUCUGGGUUUCUCUGCCAAGUUUCAUCUUCUCAAGAUUAGAUGAGGGCCCAGUGAUCCGCUGUUACUACGAACCGGUGAAUGAGUACUUGGUCUACUAUGAUCUGUUUGCUACAAAUAUUCUGGGUCUUGUGAUUCCCAUGCUGGUGAUGGUGGUUUGCUACUCAAGGAUCAUCCCCACUCUGGUGAACAUGAGAACCGCCAAAAAGCACAGAGUCGUCAAGGUCAUCAUCUCCAUAAUGGUCAUCUUCUUCCUGUUCUGGGCUCCUUAUCGUAUUUCCCGCUUCUUGAAGUUUCUUCUUUCUAAAGAGCUACUAGAUGCCAGUUGCAGCUUGGAGGUAAACAUCAAGAUGUCGACCAUAGUGACGGAGACGAUCGCGUACACGCACUGCUGCCUGAACCCCAUCAUCUAUGCCUUCGUGGGACAGAAGUUUAUGAGACGAGCCCUGCAGCUGCUGAAGAAGUGGGCACCUGGCCCAGUGAGUUUCACAGAGAGCUCAUUCAGGAGAAGUUCAUUUCUAUCCAGGUCCUCUGAUGUCACCUCCACUGUCAUCAUGUAGAAGCUGGAGGGGGUUGUACACCGACUUUGGAUAUUUGCAAAGACUAAUCAGGCAUUCCAGACCAAUUUUAUUUUGUUUGUUUGUUUUUUUACUAAUGGCUGUGUUCCGCUGGGUAUAUCUAUAAACUUCAUUAGAAAUUGCUUUGGGAUUAUUUUAAAGCAAUGGACACGGAGACAGAAACGAAAGGGAAAAAAAGCAGAAAUAAAGGGAGGAAGGUGGGGCAAAAAGUUAAAAGGAAGAGAAGGAGAAAAGAAUAAAGAAGAGAAAGAAGGAUAAAGAAGAGGAGAUAAGACAACAGCCUGGAAGUCUGCUUCUACACCUGCAGAAAAGAGAGAUAUAACAACCACAACGCUACUGAAAAGUACACAGUACUAAUUAAUACCGGAUCAAUAUGUUGGGUAUGAGCACGCUCGUGUAUACAACGUUUCUCCCUAAGAAUACUGAAUAGCCAAGGGGAACCGGUCCUGGGACCACCCCCCCACCCCACCACCACCACCACCCAGAGAACAUUAGAUGAGAGCCACCGGGGGGAACCUCACAGCCACAUUGCAUGAAAGAGCCCACAGAAUCCACCGGCAGCCUGCUACGCCACAGCUGAUGCAGCCAUGGACCCAGAGACCCAGGACCCAAGGGCACAUCACCCUCCAGCAGGGGCCCACAUUUGAUGGGGGGCCUGAGAUGAUCGAGGAGAGGGGGAAUCCCAAGACCUAAGCUAAAGGACAAACAAGCACACACAGUCAUGAUCACACAUGUUCCCACCCUCAUGCGUACACGUACAAACACUCACACGCACAUACCCAACGUAAAGACACAAACAGAUCAAUCAGUAUCUAAGACGGCACCAUUCAUCAGUAUCUAAUCUUCAUAAGAACUCUGUACGUCAUUUAAACCUUUGGGAUUUUGUUUUGACCGACACACUUCCUCCUCCUUCUUAUGUCGGAUGCAUAACAUGUAUCAGACCUGUUGUUUGUAACAGCUUGUAACCACAAAGACCUUAACUGUAACUUGAAAUAUUGCAAUUUUUUUCCCUUCCUCACACAUUUAUCAGCUGAUGCAAGAAAAAAAAGUUUUACAGCAUAAGGUUUUUGCAUCAAACUGUAAACAGGUUUGCAUUUAUUACAGAAUUUCUGCGUGGUGUGAAAUUGCUCAAUCUAUUGUAAAACGUCAAAAGUAAUCAAAAAGAGUUGCAUUGUUUUCCUGUCUGCGCUGACAUGUUUUGCUUUUAAUA